AUGCUGUGGCUGCUCUACCUACUUUUCCUCGCCGUGGCGGUACAGGCCGCCACAGGCGACCAGUACCUCAUCGGCGCAGGAAAGGGCGACAUCACGGGCCCCGUCGUCGAGGUCCCAUUCAUGGGCUACGCCAACCUCGAGCAGAAGGGUACCGGCCUUCGACAGCGACUGUACGCGCGUUCAUUUAUUAUUGGCGACAUCAACAAUCCCGCCGAUAGGUUUCUGUACAUUGUCUUGGAUACGAUUGCUGGCGACACGGCUAUCCGUAAUGGAAUCCUUGAGGGCUUGCAAGCCCUCGGCGGGGAUUAUGCUUUAUUCCACACGGGCAAUGUCGCAUUGGUCGGGACACACUCGCACUCGGGACCAGGCGGGUGGCACAACUACGUCCUAACCCAAGGAUACUUGGAUGUGGGUACGGGCAAUGUCCAAGACGGGGCGAUCAAUCGUAGCCUCUGGGCAUACCUCGCCAACCCCGAGUCCGAGCGGGCAAGAUACCCCAACACAACCGACACGACAAUGACGCUUCUUCGCCUCAAGCGCGCCGACGGCAAGAUCCAAGGUAUUCUCAACUGGUACGCUGUUCAUGGCACCAGCGCACACAACAACAACACCCACGUCACCGGCGACAACAAGGGCGUUGCUGCUUACCUUUUUGAGAAGGAAUUUAGUACGUCAUCCGACGCGGCGCCGGGAUUCGUGGCAGGUUUCUCGCAGGCCAAUGUCGGCGAUACAUCACCCAACGUCCUGGGCCAGUGGUGUACCGAUGGUUCAGGACAGUGUUCCCUCCAAACGAGCACAUGCGGCGACGGCAAGUCGACGGGAUGUCAUGGCCGUGGCCCGAUGUGGGAGAAGAACGAUAAGGGAAUUUCGUCGUGCUACGAGAUCGGACGGCGCCAAUACGCUACUGCCAAAGACAUCCUCUCUUCCAUUGACGGCGGAACACCCGUCACCGGGCCAUCAGUCAAGGCGUUCCAUUUCUUCCACGACAUGCGUUACUUCACCUUCACCCGUCCCGACGGUUCUCAAGGCAUGACCUGUCCCGCGGCCCUCGGCGAGUCUUUUGCCGCAGGCACAACGGACGGUCCUGGCGUGGGCGACUUUGCUCAAACUAUCAACGCCAACCCAUUCUGGAAAUUUGUCGGGGGCGCACUCCGCAUCCCGUCUGCCCGACAAAAGGCUUGCCAGGGAGUCAAAAAAAUCCUCCUCGACGUCGGUGAGAUGGACGUACCAUUUGCGUGGACGGCGAAUAUCGUCGACAUCCAAAUCUUGCGUGUUGGUCAAUUCGUCAUCAUCGUCAGUCCGGCUGAAGUAUCGACCAUGGCUGGUCGGCGAUGGCGCGAUGCCAUUGAAAACGCAACAAAAUCCAUCUUGCCAUCACCGGACCCCAUUGUCGUCCUUGGUGGCCCGGCCAACACGUACACUCACUACGCGGUGACUCCUGAAGAAUACGACAUCCAACGCUACGAAGGCGCCUCGACGUUAUACGGCCGCGACACCCUCAACGCAUACAUCAACCUCACCGUCGGCGCGAUCGGUUUCCUCUCCCCGACCGCCAAGAAGCCCGCACCCGGUCCAUUACCCCCCGACAACCGCGCACGCUCAACCACCAUCAUCCCCCCGGUAAUGUACGACAACGCCCCCCUCGGCCGCAAGAUGGGCCAAGUACUUUCCCAGCCGCGGGCGAGUUACCCGCGUGGCAUGACUGUUACCGCAGUGUUUCAGGGGGCUAACCCCCGAAACAACCUGCGUCUCGAGGGGACAUUUGCGGCGGUCGAACAGCAACAGGCCGACGGAAGAUGGGUCCGCGUUCGCGAUGACUCGGAUUGGCACCUCGUGUAUUCGUGGAUGCGCACCGACGUCGUUUGGGGCGCAUCGACAGUCCAGAUUGACUGGGAGACGGGAGACGGGGCGGACAAGGGGACGUACCGCAUCAAGUACUAUGGCGACCAGAAGAUGUCGUUCACGGGCAAGAUUGUUGCUUUUGAGGGCACCUCGAACGCAUUUGCUCUUACCUAG